AUGGCUUCUAACUACAGUGCUAAUCAGUUCGAAAAUACCUUUGCCCCGAACUUUCUUCGGAACUGGUGCGUAGCCAAAGACGACAAAAAGCACCCUAAAACCCAUGAUGGCUACACUCAGAUCAUCGCUAAUGACCGUGGUCAUCUGCUACCUUCAGUUCCCAGGUCCAAGACCAGUCCAUGGGGCACAUUCAUGGGGACCUGGCAAAUGCCUCUGCAGAUACCACCAGCUCGAGUAACCCUGACUUCCCGUUCCACUGCUGCCGCCAACCGACUAAUAAACUGGGUGCACAAAAACCCUGAUCUGCUCAAUGCCUCCAAUGGACUACGUCCAGAAAUCCGGGGCCAUCCCCAAGAUCUAGGACCACGUGGAAAAGACAGGAGCCCAAAGCCUCCAGAGAAGAAGACUGCUACUCCAAAGGCUGUACAAGAGAUUCCGCAUCCCUCAUCAGCCGUAAAUUCCCCACCCUCAAGAGGCCUCCCCAAUACCUCCCCAGCCCCACUUACACCCCCAAAUAGAAUCCGCUUGUGCUCAUGUUCCUGCUCUUGCACUUGCUCCAGAGCUUUAAAAAGUGCACCCAACAGUCCCAUGACUCCAGAGGCUUGCCAUGGUGGUAACAAGCUUGAGGGCCAGGAAAUCCAAGAGAGGAAUAUAGAAAAGAGUAAUGAGGAACCCCAGCAGGAGACAGAGGCACCAGCCCCAUUAAGUCCCAAAGAGAUAACGGAGUGA